AUGUCUGAUCAAAUCACUCCGAAAGUACCUAUACAAGAGACCACAGAGGGUUAUCACCCAUUGGUUAAAUGGGGGUUCGGAAUUCUUAUUCUGUUGUUUGCAAUUCGAAAGUUCUUUUUUAAGAAGCAGAACCUGGAUGAAGAUGACGAUGGCGUGUUCCUCUCUAAACUUGAACCCCUUGAAUUCAUUGACUACACUCCGAGUACUUUACAAAAGUUUAAUGGCAAGGAUGAUCCCCAUGUGCUAUUAGCUGUACAUGGAAAGGUUUACGAUGUUUCAGCUGGUCGCUCCUUUUAUGGGCCGGGAGGUCCGUAUGCUAAUUUUGCUGGUCGGGAUGCUUCACGAGGAUUAGCAUUGAAUUCUUUUGAUGAAGCGGUUCUUACUCCCAUCGAAGAGCCCAUUGAUCUCUUGGAUGAUUUAACGGAAGGUCAGCAAAAUACUCUAAAUGAUUGGAAGUCGUUGUUCGAGUCAAAGUAUCCUGUAGUAGGAUCGCUUGUCAACGAGCCCAAGCACAGGUAG